GCUGCGCAGCUUGUGUAUUGUCCAUAAGUCAAAUCAUCGGUAAUCACUUAAAAAAUUCCCAGUAGCCCCAGCCACAUGGCCGAAUCGGAGGGCCCCAACUUGGUCGAGUACAAGGCCGGCCGCAUGAUCCUGCUGGGCAAAAUGGUCGAGCCCGAUGAGCGCAAGGGCCUGCUCUAUGUGCGCCGAUCCGCCGGUGAUAACCAGGUGCACAUCCACUGGAUGGACCGGCGAUCCGGGGCCGUUGAGCUGGACAUUGUUGCCACGCCGGGCGUCCUCGAGUUCCGUCACAUUGAUCAGUGCAAGACCGGUCGGGUUUAUGUCCUCAAGUACACACGAUCGCCGCAGCGUUACUUUUUUUGGAUGCAGGAGCCGCAGGCGGACGGAGAUGCGUUAUUUUGUCAGCGGGUCAACGAGCUGAUUGCCAGUGGUGAACGCAAAUUGGACGAGAGUGCGGCGGCCGAGGGCGAUGUGGAUACAGAUGUGGAGCACGAAACCCGUCGCGGUUUCGGUGGCAGUGAAAAUCCUCAAAUUCCCGGCGAUACGCCAGAAACUUGGCUACCAGCUAGACGGAGUGUGACUCAUUGGCAAAGUGAUGAAAGGGUGGAGGAAAAGCCGCCCUUGGCAUUUUCCGAUCCCCAUACAGAUACAGGGCUAUUCGACUUGACAGCUGUUUUGCGCAUUUAUGGCGUCGAAGCAGUGGAAAAACUCCUGAGUUGCCCAUUGAGACGUGAGAAGCUGCUAGCCCAACUGCCCAAGGAUCCCGAGGCAGAGGAUGAGCAGGAAGACAUUCUAGAGCAUAUGCAUUCGCCACAAUUCAACGAGACUCUGUCCUAUUUCUCCGUAGCACUGCAUUCGGGAGUGCUCAGAUCGAUCCUGGAGCCCCUGUUCCAACAUGACCAUCUCGGGGCCUUGGAUGCCGUCCAAGUUGGGGAUAUUGAGCGCUUUCUACGUGAACUGCAUCGCGACGAAAGGCCAGCCGAUUGAACCGGGAGGUUCACAAAUAAGUCAAAAUAUAGAGAAUUAAAUAUGGCACAUAAGCUGAAAAGAGGUAGAGCGUACAAAAUGCAAUAACUGCUCGACUACUUGGUCGUCGUUACGUCUCGAGUUACGAAGAUAAAUGAGAUGCCAUAAGUUAGACGACAACUUGCUGCACAACUCCGGACAAAGACCAAGCGGAUAAAAGUGUGCUUGUGCCCAGCAAAGAAGUAGCAAAAAUAUAAAAAAAGGGAAAAGAAUGGGGAAACACUAAAAAUUGAUAUAAAAUACACAGAAAAAGGAGCAAAGCAACGAUGAAUACAAAA